UUAGCCCUCGUUCUGACCGACCCAUAACGAUGCCUCCGCCUUACCAUGGUUCGUGUCUAUGUGGGAAGGUUGAGUUUGAAGUGAACACAGAGCCAAUGGUUACGGUAUGCUGUCACUGCAAGAAUUGUAAGAAAUAUACUGGGACUGUCUUCAGUACUAGCGUCCUGUUCCCGGCUAACAAUCCGAUAACAAUCACGAAAGGAGAGAACUUCAUUGGUACCUUCAAUGACACCAGUCAAGACUCUAGCAAUGAGCUAUCCCGCAAAUUCUGCAGCCUCUGCGGUUCUUCGCUUUAUAAUGAGGGCGGUGGCGAUGGACAUCAAGUUGCUGUAUUAUAUAGCGCACUGGACGACUUCAAUGUAACUAUUGGUGAUGGAAUUACGGAGGAGGUGAAACCACAGUUGGAAGUAUAUACGAAGGAUAGGACGUCCUGGGUACAUCCUGUUGAAGGAGCUCAGCAGUCGAAGACAAGGCCGGGAAAAGAUCAGUUUGCCGAUGUAGGGAUACGCUCAUAAAAUUUGUGAUUAAUGGUGAUGCUCGGCAGCAUGGACAGCUUGGAUCGCGCAACGAGCUUGUUUGUAAUAAUUUAAGUUUAGCAUGUGUUCCAGUAUUUAUCUCCGAUAAUUUCCG